ACCCCUUGCGCCUCACAGUAUAUCAAAGGCCCUCAGCGCCCUACCAGACAGGACCGGCAUAGACCUCGCUCCACUGGCUUCUCGACCUCUCCACCGAGAAUCAAAACUAACUUCCUGACAACGUACACAUACUUAGAGUCUUUACAUCCGCAACCCAUCGACGCCCUCACCUAACCUUCCAAUUUCCGACACUCCGAGUUACAUCAGUCAUAAGGACGGAUACUGGCCCAUCGUGCUCUCAACUACAACACAUAGCCACUCAUCGUACUAUUCAUAGCAAAGCUCAGCUACUAGACGACACAGAGACAGCCUAAGAUGCCUAGCUUCAACAGAACCAAAAGCAAGUUGACCUCAGGAGACCACAAGGGUGACAAGAAAGCAAAGUCGAUUCCUCUUCGACUCACCUUCAUGGAGCAACCGCAACCCGACGACUAUGUAAUCCGCAAUCUCGACGACCUCUACUCCAAGACCGUCCGUGUCUGGAAGGGCGGUGACUGGAAUGACAAUGUGAUGAACGGUGCCACAGGCGUUUCGUUCGAAUCGUCCCACCAUGUGCCAGAGGGAGGUGCCAAAAGUCGGAAGGCUUUCCGGGGCGGUAUCUUUGGAUUUUGCCUGGAGUGGGUAUACGUAAAUCAUGAGGGAAAAUCGCAUCGUGUCCGCUGUAUGAACUCUUUUUCUGUAAAGUCGCCACAGUGUACCGACCAUCCAAAGGCGGUUUUCAAAGAUGGUCCGAACAGAGUUUACGAUCUUAUGAACUGGGGUAAGACGGUCACCUGGGAUAUGAUCAAAGAUGCCAACGCCGAAAAAGUUCCGUUGACAGACACUCAACUCAAGACAAGAGCCUUAGAUGAACUGAAAAACAUCGAAGCCAGAAUCAGUGAGACUUCCCAGAGCGGCAAUAAUGUCAAAGAGCUGGUGAGUCAAACGCGAGCGAUGCCAUUUCCCCAAUCCCUGUGUCCGGCGCUAUCUACAGCUCCCGGAAGACUGCCAGCAAUUCAGCGCCAGAACAAGGGGAAGACGAAAUACACCAGAGGCCUUACCCAAAACCUUGAAGGAAUCGAGGAAUAGACGCGAUACCUAAUCUUUCUUG